AUGAGUCAAGUUUGGACUUACCCCUUUGGGAAGGAAAUGUGCCAACUUCUCCAUUGGAUAGCCCAUUUGAGGAGCUGGACAGCCCAAAUAACACUGCAGGGCACGCUGCAAUGUUUACAAUCGGUAGCCAGACCAACUUGACCAACCUGGCCAGCACUCGUGGCUCCUUUCCAGAGCGAAUUUUAGAGGACUCUAGCUUUGAUGAGCAGCAAGAGUUUCGCUCCCGGUGCAGCAGUGUCACUGCUGUAAUGCAAAGAAGGGUUCAUGACACAAACCCGAAAAUACAGCCACGCAGAAGGCAUGCAAGUGCACCCAGUCACGUUCAGCCUUCCGAUUCUGAGAAGAACAGGACAAUGUUGUUCCAGGUUGGAAGAUUUGAAGUUAACCUCAUCAGUCCAGACACCAAGUCUGUUGUGCUUGAAAAGAAUUUUAAAGAUAUCUCCUCAUGUUCUCAGGGUAUAAAACACGUUGAUCACUUUGGUUUUAUUUGCCGGGAAUCUGUUGAACCUGGGUUAAGCCAGUACGUUUGCUAUGUGUUCCAGUGUGCAAGUGAGUCUCUGGUUGAUGAGGUAAUGCUUACCCUGAAACAAGCCUUUAGCACUGCUGCAGCUCUGCAAAACGCCAAGACACAGAUUAAAUUGUGUGAGGCCUGUCCUAUGCAUUCAUUGCACAAACUUUGUGAAAGAAUUGAAGGACUCUAUCCACCAAGAGCCAAACUUGUAAUUCAGAGACAUCUGUCAUCAUUAACUGAUAAUGAGCAAGCAGACAUUUUUGAACGUGUUCAGAAAAUGAAGCCUGACAAUGACCAGGAAGAAAAUGAACUUGUGAUCUUACAUCUCCGCCAACUCUGUGAAACUAAGCAGAAAACUCACAUUCACAUUGGUGAAGCACCGUUGACCGUUUCUAACAAUGCGAUUCCAGAAAGCACCGCCAGUGGUGGCAGGUUUAAACUUGACGUUCUGAAAAACAAGGCCAAGAAAUCCUUGACUAGCUCUCUGGAAAAUAUCUUCUCAAGGGGAGCCAACAGAAUGCGAGGCCGCCUGGGAAGCGUGGACAGCUUUGAGCGCUGCAACAGCCUUGCUUCUGACAAAGACGCUUCGCCGGGCAAUUCCCCACCCGCUACUCCUCCAGCGUCCCCCGUGUCCUCGGCCUGGCAACCGUUUCCCGAGGAAGACUCGGACUCACCACAGUUCAGGAGGCGUGCGCACACCUUCAGCCACCCCCCCUCCAGCACCAGGCGGAGGAUAACACUCCAGAACGGGAGGUCCCAGAGCGUCCGGUCCCCGCUGCUGCGGCAGAGCUGUGUCGACACGGCGAGUGAUGGGGAGGGAAAGAAAAGAACAUCAAACAUCUGCAGCAGUGAAUCUCUAAAUGCUGUGGGGGCCACGCUUACACCUCGCCGCAUCUCCUGGCGGCGGAGAAUAUUCCUGCAGGUAGCUUCACCUAUGAAUAAAUCUCCUUCCAAGAUGCAGCAUCCAGAUGGUCAUGAUGGAGGUGAAUUGUUACCUUUAUCCCCUCUUGCUCCACCCCUGGAGGAGGACCCUCUUGUUCUAGUAUUGCAAAAUGAAGAUGGUCUGGAUAAAACUGAAGAGAGGAAAAACUCAGAAGAACUACAAAGUCUGUGGAGAAAAGCCAUCCAUCAACAAAUUCUGUUACUUCGAAUGGAAAAAGAAAACCAGAAGCUAGAAGAAGCAAGCAGGGAUGAACUCCAGUCAAGGAAAGUAAAACUGGACUAUGAUGAAGUUGGUACAUGUCAGAAAGAUGUCAUAAAUGUUUGGGAUAAGAAGUUACUAAACUGCAGAGCCAAAAUCCGAUGUGACAUGGAAGAUAUUCAUUCCACUUUGAAAGAAGGUGUACCAAAAAGUCGCCGGGGAGAAAUUUGGCAGUUUUUGGCUGUUCAACAUCGAGUAAGACAUAGACUGCCAAACAAGCAGCAGCCUCCUGAUGUCUCUUACAAAGAACUUCUGAAACAACUGACUGCUCAACAGCACGCCAUCCUUGUAGAUCUAGGACGGACAUUCCCUACGCAUCCUUACUUUUCUACCCACCUGGGAGCAGGACAGCUAUCACUCUUUAAUCUCCUGAAAGCAUACUCUUUGCUGGACAAAGAAGUGGGUUAUUGUCAAGGUAUAAGCUUUGUAGCUGGAGUGCUGCUUCUACAUAUGAGUGAAGAACAGGCCUUUGAAAUGCUGAAAUUCCUCAUGUAUGACCUUGGCUUCCGUAAACAGUACAGGCCAGACAUGAUGUCACUACAGAUUCAGAUGUAUCAACUCUCAAGGCUUCUUCAUGAUUAUCACAGAGACCUGUAUAAUCAUCUUGAAGAAAAUGAAAUCAGUCCCAGUCUUUAUGCUGCACCGUGGUUUCUUACGCUGUUUGCAUCUCAGUUUCCAUUAGGAUUUGUAGCCAGAGUAUUUGACAUUAUUUUUCUUCAAGGAACAGAAGUAAUUUUUAAAGUAGCACUGAGCCUGCUUAGCAGUCAAGAAACAUCUGUAAUGGGAUGUGAGAGUUUUGAGAACAUUGUUGAUUUUCUUAAAACCACUAUUCCAGAUAUGACUCAGCCUCAAAUGGAAAAAAUUAUCACUCAGGUGUUUGAGAUGGAUAUUUCCAAACAGCUCCAUGCCUAUGAAGUAGAGUACCAUGUUCUUCAGGAUGAACUGCAGGAAAAUGUGAAUCCUUGUGAUGAAGGUGAACCCCUGGAGAAGCUGGAGAGGGCAAACAGUCAUCUGAAGAGACAAAACAUGGAUUUGUUGGAGAAGCUACAGGUUGCUCAUGCUAAAAUUCAGAGUCUGGAAUCCAGCCUGGAGACUAUUUUGACUCGAGAGAACAAAAUGAAGACUCUAAUUCAGUCCCUGGAACAAGAGAAGAUAACAUAUCAAAAGACUCUUGAGCAGAUAAUGAAAUAUUUGCCAGCAGAAGCGUUAUCUGACUGUGAACUGCUCCUGAAAGAAGUAAACUACAAUCCAAAUAAUAAAGUAAGGAGUAAGCCAUAAACCAAGGUUUUAUAGGCAGCAUUUCUUCAAAAAAAGGGAAAGUAAAAUGAGUAUGCUGCUUUCAAAGGACUUAGCAAUAGGCAACGAUGUUAUCCAAAAACUAGUGCUGGGACACUCAUAGCUACAGAUGGGCCUUCAAAUGUCAGUAUGCAAAUUCAGGCUAUUUUUUUUUUUUAUGAUUAUGUAAAUAAACCACAAGGGGGAAAUAAAGGAUUCUCACAUAUAAUUAUGAUGAGUAGAUGUAUAUUUAGAGCUGACCUAAAGGAAAAGAGAAAGUUCAGUAGUCAAAGCCAAGAUAACAGUGAUCUACAAAUUCACUCUGGAUGUGCUUGUCUUGUAGUGAAAUGAGGAUAGCGUGUCUUUUUAUAUAUAUAUAUAUAUAUAUAUAUAUGUAUAUAUAUAUAUAUAUGUUGAAUAAUACUUGAAAAAAAAAAA